ACGGUUACGGUUUCCGUAAUAGAAAUUAAAAGUGUGGCCAAGCAUUUAAAAUCGAUCGGAUUUUGUACAGAAUUCAGAAUGUGAGAAAUUACGAUUAUUAUUCGAUCGCUUAACACAAUUAAUGCUUUUUAAAUUGAAACAUUGCACCAAAAUUGUUUAGUUACAAAAAUCAGUUGGUUUAUUCAAUCGAGUAUAAAGUUUGAAAUUGCCAUUGCAUUUCAAAUUGAAUUUUCUACCAAAAUGUUUUUGUUUCUCUGUUUUUUCAUGAACGCACUUCUGUGUUCAUUGGUGACGGGCUCAGAGAAGGCAUUUUUUAAUUCAUCUCCACGAAUUGUCGGUGGCAAAGUAGCCAACAUAACGAAUCAUCCAUAUGUAGCCUAUCUAAAAUUAUUUCAUAAUUAUUUCCUACCUCGCGAUUAUUCGGAAUGUGUUGCUGUGAUCCUAUCCAAGGACUGGCUUCUGACUGCCGCGCACUGUUUUGACGAUCCAUAUGUUCGAGCAUAUAUUCAUGCUGGUUCGAGUGAGAAAUUGGGUAAAGAUGGGUUGUAUACAUUUAUUAAACCGCCCGUAAUACAUCCAUAUUAUGAUAAAAACAGUAGCGAUUAUGACUUUGCACUCGUGAUGACCAAUGUAAAAAUAGAUUUUUCCGGUACAAUUGAUUACCUUGAUUUGCCCACCGAUGAGGAUGAAAUCAGAAAUGGGGAUCUUUGUUGGACGGCUGGAUGGGGAGAUCUCACUCGAUACAAAUCAGUCGACGACGCUCCUGACGAAGCAGAUUUGCUGCAUGAAGUGAUGUUGCCCAUUUUUAGUCAUUCAAUUUGCAAUGAACUUAUCUACGGCAAUACAUUGACGAAACGAAUGAUUUGUGCCGGCUACGCGAAUGCUACGUCCUUUAAAAGCCCAUGCUCGGGUGAUUCUGGUGCUCCAUUAGUUUGUGAAAGAUUGCUGUUUGGUAUCUUAUCAUUUAGAAAGGAUUAUGAACCAUGUGGCAAAAAUCCAGCGGUUUUUGGACGUGUAAAAUCCAUUCGAAAAUGGAUCGAAAACGAGACGGGGAUAGAACCAAAAAAAUGAUUCAAUUUUGAUGCUGUUCCAUUGUUAGACCAUUAUUGCAAAAUUACUCUGAAUGAAUAUCAUUAUUUUGUCACAAAUUCACAACGGAGAUGUAAGAAAGUUGAAAGAACAAUCACACGUGUAUAAGCUAAGUGGAAUCGCUUUUUAAUACAAACAAAUAUUCCUUACGUAAAAAGUGCAAAUAUACACAAAGAAAUACAAAAAUGCUACAAAUUGUCAAGAAACCGUUCUUCAUAUCAGUAUGGCCCACAUAAACUUCACAUUAAAUUUAUGUUCAUAUUUGGUUUCAGUUAGAAUUCCACACCAAAAACUCCAUACAAAACGAGCAAAUUUGUGUUGUGACUGAAAAUACGAUAUUUGAUAUGUUUCCAUUCAAAAUUGUGAUAAAUUACAUAGAUGAUGUUCUGGUUUUUCCGAUGUGACUUAGUCUUAGAUUACUUUGUGGCUCACACCAAUAAAAGACAGCAAAAUGUUUGUUUUAUUGAUAAUUAUCAUGAAAACUGGUAAUACAUCAAUUUAAAUGACCAUAUUACAACGGUAAAACCAAAACAAUACAUCAAAUACAUAUAUUGCGUACUGAUAUGGUGAACCGCGAAACAAUGCCAUUUAAAUUGAAACACUGUGCAGGAAUAAAUUAGUUCGAGCUGAUUGUCAUUGUGUAAAGGCAUUGAAUUGGAAUCGUCACUGCAUUCACAACUUGAAAUCGAAUUUCGAAUAAUACAAAUGUGUCGUUUUUCGUGUUUAUUUAUGAACGCACUUCUGUGUUCAUCGGUGAUGGGCUCAGCAAAGCCAUUUUCUAAUUUAUCUCCACGAAUUGUCGGUGGCAAUGUGGCCAACAUAACGAACCAUCCAUAUGCUGCCCAUAUAGUAGUAACUUAUAGCGGUAAUAACGGGGUUGAGUUUCAAUCUAAU